AUGAAUACGCGUGAAUUUCAGCCUGCUGUGGCGUUAGCACGGACCAAUGGAAACCGUGCCUACCCACUCGCUGUCACAGCAGAUGCUGUCGCUUCAAGUGACAGCAGCAAUGCAGCGGAAAGCAAGCCUCUUUGGCAAAAUGAAACAUUGCUUGGAAGAUAUCAAGAUGUAUGGAAAAGCGUUGGACAAGAAAGCAACGGGACUCAUGUACUCGCGAGGACCACAUAUGAAAAUGACACAGGAUCCUGGGGUGAACAAUUCAUGUGCCUGAGCGUGAAUGGAACAGACGUGAAUGUGACAGCUAAAACAGUUACAUUUGUUUUCACGUUCAGAAAUGCGUCUAGCAAGUGUGAUGCAUAUUACAAUGUGACAGAAACAGUGCAGGCCGUAUCCACCGAUGGCUACAACACAACAAACGCAAUUCAUUACCUAGGUUAUGGCCACAAAAACCUAACAGACACACUCAUCUUUUCUGAUGGAAAAACGUGCGCUGUGUUCUUCGUGCCUUCUCAAGAAAAUGGGUGUGAGCUCUGGGUGGAACAACGUUACGCGAGCCACAUCCCGGACUGCUGCAUGUUCGUGUUCGAUGUUUUCUGUGCCAAGGGAAAAAUAAUUUACGAUAAAUACAAUGUAACAGAAUGCCUUGGUGAGGCAAGCUCGUGAUUUAACUGAGCGACACUUUUAUG